CACCACUGCUGCUGCUCUUGUAUUGCCCAUGAUACAUUAGAGAAUACGAUUGUAAUCUCUUCGUAAUCUGAAGACAGACGCUAAAUCCCUCUAUUUAAAUUGCUUUAAAACUAUUAAUAGCCUCGCUCUCAGAUGAGAGCAUCAUAGCCGACAAAACAUCGUAAUAUUCCUCGAUUAGAACGAGGUGACUCCCAAGGCGAACGGUAUUCGGUCCGUCCACCUAUGGUCUGGCAGGUUUUUGACCAAGGCUACGGAUAAAAUGUGGGAUGAAGUUGCUCGGUCUGCGCCGGUUAAGUAUGGCGCUGUCAUAGCGGUCACAGUGAUCUGCGUUGUUCUGUUGAGAAAAUGGAUUGCUGGGGGUGUGUGUCAAUCUUCAGUCCAAUUACGUGGCAAGACGGUGUUGGUCACCGGUGCCAACACCGGCAUUGGCAAGGAAACGUGCCAUGACAUGGCACGUAGAGGGGCGCGGGUGGUGAUGGCAUGCCGGGACCUGACACGGGCUGCGAGGGCGGCAGAUGAGAUUCGUCAGGCCACAGGGAACAGCAACAUCGUAGUGCGGCACCUGGACCUGGCCUCUAUGUACUCUGUCAGAGAGUUGGCCAAAGAGUUCAUUGCCAGUGAGGAUCGCCUGGAUAUACUCAUCAACAACGCUGGUGUGAUGAUGUGCCCUAAGUGGCUAACAGAGGAUGGCUUCGAGACACAACUGGCUGUCAAUCACCUCGGACACUUUCUACUGACCAAUCUCCUUCUGGGGAAGCUCAAGAGCUCCGCCCCUAGCCGCGUGGUCAAUGUGUCUAGCAUUGCCCACAAAGGGGGUAAGAUCCAGUUUGAUGAUCUUUUCUUUGCCAAGAGGCCAUACAACUCCCUGGUCAGUUACAGGCAGAGCAAGCUGGCCAACGUGCUAUUCUCCAGAGAGCUGGCCAGAAGGUUGAAAGGUACGGGGGUGACGUCCUACAGCCUGCAUCCCGGGGUGAUCAGGACAGAGCUGACUCGUCAUGUGGAGACCUGGUUCCCCAUGCUGAGGGCCAUCCUGUCAGCCCCCUCUGUGCUCCUCAUGAAGACCCCCACCCAGGGUGCCCAGACCUCCAUCUACUGUGCUGUCACCCCAGGACUGGAGCACAAGUCUGGCAGCUACUUCAGUGACUGUGCCAUGACGGAGACCGCCCCAGGGGGGAGGGAUGAUGCGGUGGCCAAGAGGCUUUGGAAGGAGAGUGCCCGUCUGGUGGGUUACAUAGAGAAAGACUGAACAACCCCCUCCACCUGCAAACUAUAGAGAAAGACUGUACAACCCCCCCAUCUGAAAACUAUAGAGAAAGACUGUACAACCCCCUCCACCUUCAAACUAUAGAGAAAGACUAUACAACCCCCUCCACCUUCAAACUAUAGAGAAAGACUGAACAACCCCCUCCAUCUGAAAACUAUAGAGAAAGACUGAACAACCCCCUCCAUCUGAAAACUAUAGAGAAAUACUGAACAACCCCCUCCACCUGCAAACUAUAGAGAAAGACUGUACAACCCCCUCCACCUUCAAACCAUAGAGAAAGACUGUACAACCCCCUCCACCUUCAAACUAUAGAGAAAUACUGAACAACCCCCUCCACCUUCAAACUAUAGAGAAAGACUGAACAACCCCCUCCACCUUCAAACUAUAGAGAAAUACUGAACAACCCCCUCCACCUGCAAACUAUAGAGAAAGACUGUACAACCCCCUCCACCUUCAAACCAUAGAGAAAUACUGAACAACCCCCUCCACCUUCAAACUAUAGAGAAAUACUGAACAACCCCCUCCACCUUCAAACUAUAGAGAAAUACUGAACAACCCCCUCCACCUGCAAACUAUAGAGAAAGACUGUACAACCCCCUCCACCUUCAAACCAUAGAGAAAGACUGUACAACCCCCUCCAUCUGAAAACUGGGAACUCAUGAACUAAGGACAGCUCCAACCCCCUCUGACAAACAGCAUCAACAGAUUGGACGACUGGUACCAAGGAAUCCUCAAGCCUCUCUUCUCUGACCUCUCAAUAUAAAAUGACCUGUAAGGAGUCUUCAAAGAGACAUGCAUGUGUGAUGUGUAGUUACCAGGUUGGGGCGUCCAUGCUUACCUUGGAGAUUGCAGACUGAAAGACUAACAGACCUGUAGGAACUCAACUCAGGACAAAAAGUCCUUUCACCUCACUAUACAACAUAUUUAUUUGGAGCAUCCUUCGCCAGUCAUUCUUGUAGAAUUCUGACCCCUGUUAACAGGGAAAGAUUUUGUACCCCAAAAAUCUGAGGUUUAACAGGGGCGUCAUGUACCCCAAAAAUCUGAGGUUUAACAGGGGUGUCAUGUACCCCAAAAAUCUGAGUGUGCAUAAAGUAUGUGAGGAUGGCUGGGGGAGUGGUUGGAUAAUUUAGCAAUUUUCAAACACCUGAAAAAGCUUUUUUCCUGCAAUCUAGAGCCAUGAUCAUUAUGCUUAAUUUUAUGUGAAAAAUAUGUAUAUUUUUCUGCAUAUUUAAGCAUACUUUUUGAACUGUCUGUAUCCACCUGAUUGGUGGUUCUUUUUUUCAAUAAAACUAAAUAUUCAUCUCUACAUCUCUGCUAAAAAUCUGGGUAAAAGAUUGAAAGGAAUGUGAGUCUUAUUCAGUACAUUGAAUAAUUCCUCACUUUUCUAAAGUCUACCAACCUUGCCAGCACACAUGCCAGCUAAGAUAGUUAGACAAGCUAGCUACUCUAACUUGUUUGAUAGCCUUCUUUAUAGCUAGUUAUGAGGUUGGGAGAUUGGGAACCAAUCUGGGCUAGCUAAAGCCAACUUCAUAAAAUUGCUAGGAGGCAAUUUAUUUUUUUAUUCGUAAAACAGGACACAUCUGAGGGGGCACGUGCCCCUGCGCCCCCUAUGGGCAUUAUGCCUCUGCCUGAUAAUAUGAAUGUCAGUUGAGAGUGUUGUACUUGAUAGCUUAGUACAUUGGGAUGAAUAUUACACUGGUGAUCAUGCAUUUACUGCAGUUUAACACUUUAGAGUGUCAUGUUUAUGAAAUAAGCAGGUAAAUAGUAUAUUUCAUCAUUAGAGAUUGCAGGUAAUUAUUGCCAAGUGUUCACCUGGUUAUUUCCUGAGGGCACUGUAAAAGCAUGUUUAUACUAAAUGUUCUCUGUAAAGAGUAGUUGUCUUUUGGAAUUCACUCCUGAAAUGGGAAACUGCUGAUGGUCAUUCUGUUUUUCAAGGAAGGAUCAUCUUCAACGUAAUUUUGCAAAGUAGCAACAAUGACUAUCUCAAAUAAAAUGUAAGCUUUG